UUUUUUAAAAAAGAACACUUUCACUUUCGGGUUCUUUGUCGCCAACAAGGAAAUCAUCCCCGAUGCCGUACUAAGUGAGUCGCAUUUGACAUUUUUUCAAAGCUUUUCUCCUUAUCUUUAGAAACAUUCAACAUUUAAUUGCACUAUAGUCAUGGCCCUUUUCGAAGUAAGCGGGUUUAAGCCUGAACUUCGUGGGAAGAUUACUGCGGCAGGACAGACGCACGUCGUUGAUCGGCCUAAUCACUACACUUUCGGGACCAAAACUCAGGAAUUCGCUGUGCCAUUGGGUGUAGACCCCUCUGGGUUUCUCAAGUCCUGCAGCCAAGACGGUGGGGUGUGUAUAGACCUGAACCAUGGCACGACCACCCUGGCGUUCAAGUUCAGGCAUGGGGUGAUCGUGGCAGUGGACUCCAGAGCCUCAGCUGGCAGUUACAUAGCGUCAAAGGAGGCCAACAAGGUGAUAGAGAUCAACCCCUACCUGCUGGGGACGAUGUCAGGCAGCGCUGCAGACUGCCAGCACUGGGAGAGGCUACUGGCCAAAGAAUGCAGGCUGUACAAGCUGAGGAACAACCACAGGAUUUCUGUGGCUGCCGCCUCCAAACUGCUGUCCAACAUGAUGCUGGGAUACAGAGGCAUGGGACUCUCCAUGGGCAGCAUGAUCUGUGGAUGGGACAAGCAGGGCCCUGGUCUCUACUAUGUUGAUGACAAUGGGACACGUCUGUCUGGCCACAUGUUCUCCACCGGCUGUGGGAACAGCUACGCCUAUGGUGUGGUGGAUAGCGGCUACCGGGAGGACAUGACGGUGGAGGAGGCAUAUGAACUCGGCCGUCGGGGUAUUGCUCACGCUACACACCGGGACGCCUACUCUGGCGGGGUGGUCAACAUGUACCACAUGCAGGAGGAUGGCUGGAUAAAGGUGUGUAAGGAGGAUGUCUCAGAGCUGAUUCACCGCUACAGGAAGGGCAUGUUCUGAAUCUGACCCCAGAUCAGCUCAGACCAACCUUGGCACUCUUUGCACAAGGUCCAUAAAUUAGGGGUUUCCUUCCAAAAUCAUACAUUUGUCGUACAAAAUAUUGUGUUUUUGAGUUGAAGCCGUAGUGAGUAAUGAUGGAUAACCCAUUUUGGAAAGAAACUCUUCACUGAAGUGCAAAGAUGUGUGAAUAAGAGCAUGGUCUGGUUCUGACUCUGGUUCAGUAUCCAGUGCAAUGUGAAAACAUGAAGUGCUACAAAGAACCAUUUCUUUCCCUGUAUAA